AUGUUCGGCAUCCGUACUCCCGCUAAAAGGAUCGAGAGCAGCGCCAAAGACAUGAGCCCUCAGGGCUCUCCAACUAAGACAGAGAAGGCAGGACCUUCUCCAAAAAAUCAGAGGACGCUGGCCUCUAGCGUGAGGAGAAGCAUAGGAGAAUGGGAGACAGGGAAAUUAGACAUAGAAGCCGGAACACAUAGCCCUCCAAAAAAGGUAAUUCCGACUGCUCGCCAAAGACAAAAAACUAUGCCGUCACAUGAAACAAAGGGAACAACUCGCAAAGCAUUAGAGGAGGCAAAAGAGGGCUCGCCGAAGACUGAGACUGCAAAAUAUGCGGAUCGUCUGACCGAGGCCCGUGCCUGCCUUCAUAAAGCAAAACUGCACUUAAACAACUCACGAAAUCUGAGGACAGACAUUAAAACUGAAGUAACACAGGCUAUAGAAAGACUAUACCAGCUAGUCAAAGAGGCAGAGACAGGAAAGAGCACAGGAAAAGAGAGAGAUUUAAUGGAGCAGGAGAAACGCGAGGAAAGACUCGAAGAUGAAUAUGAAAGAAAAAAAUCAGAAGAACAUAUUAAACUAAUGAAGAAGCUAGAAGAACACGGAAAACUUCUGGAAGAAAAUAACAAAGAGAUUGAAAAAUUAAGGGUUGAAAUGAAAAAACACGAAAAUAAGGAAGAAAGGGUAACAUACGCGAGUAUACUGGCUGGGAAAUCGAAUAGACUAUCCUCGGAAAAUAUGGCCAUGCACUCGGUGGCUAUUACAUCAACCGACGAAAAGGAGACCGGAGAUCAGGUGAUCGAUAGAAUAAGAAAGGCAAUAAAUGCAAAAGAAGAAGGACUCAAAAUAGAUAAAAUCAGGAAGGCAAGGGACAGAAAAGUAAUUGUGGGAUGUUGCACUCAAGAAGAGAUAAACAGAGUUAAGGAAAGAAUAAAAAAUGCAAGUGAACACCUAAAUGUAGACGAUAUAAAAAACAAAGACCCACUAGUAAUUCUUAAAGAUGUGCUGCAAUAUAAUUCAGAUGAGGAGAUAGUGAAGGCGAUAAGAGUCCAAAAUACGCAACUCUUCAAAGAACUACAAGACGAAGAGGACAGAAUUGAGAUAAAAUAUAAAAAGAAGACCAGAAAUCCGCACACCUCCCAUAUUGUGAUGAGAGUUUCGCCUCAGCUAUGGAACCGUCUCACAGAAGCUGGAGUGAUCCAUGUGGACCUCCAACGAGUGAGGGUAGCAGACCAAUCCCCACUCGUCCAAUGUUCACGAUGCUUAGGAUACGGACACAGCAAGCGCCUAUGCAAUGAAACGACAGAGGUCUGCAGCCACUGUGGAGGCCCACACCUCAGAACAGAAUGUGCCGACUGGCUCUCCGGUGAAUUACCAUCAUGUAGGAACUGCUUAAGGGCAAAAAUGGACAGGAAAGACCAUAACGCGUUCAGUUCAGAUUGCCCAGCAAACCUUCAGCGAAGCGAAUUAGCUACCGCCGAAUUGAUCAUCGAGGCAACUUUGAAAAAGAUAUCCUUCGCCUUGGUCCAGGAACCCUACAUCGGUCGAAUUGGGGAGAUGAAAAGCUAUCCAGGGACACGAAUAAUACAAUGUUACAGAGAACCCAACACCGAAAAGGUCAUCAAAGCAGCCAUUGUAUUGUUCGACGACACCAUUAACAUAACCCAGUGUCCCGGGUUAACAACGGAAAACAUUGCAGUCGCCAGGUUAAGGACUGGGACCUGGGAGAUGGGAGUGGUGUCUGUCUAUCUGGAAAGCGAUAAGCCAAUCGACCCAUACCUGGACACGAUCGAAAAGGCCGUGGAAGCUUUGGGGACUGGAAGCGUGAUAGUCGGUGGUGACGUGAACGCAUGGAACACCUGGUGGGGAAGCCGGGAGGCGGACGUCAGGGGAAUAGACGUGGCUGCUAAACUCGACGAAUUGGAGCUCCAUAUACUAAAUGAGGGAACUGAACCCACUUUUGAUACCAUCAGAGGUGGAAAAAGGUUUUCUAGCUGCGUAGACAUAACAACUUGCUCGACGAGCCUGCUUGGAAGGGUUGAAAACUGGAGGCUAUCCGAAGAAAUAACUAGUUCGGACCACAGGGCAAUCCUAUUCGACAUAAAUUUAGAAAAAUCCGUUGGCAUAGACAUAGAAAGAAAAACAAGAAAAUACAAUACAAAAAAGGCAAACUGGAGCGAGUUUCGUGAGAAACUUCUCCAGAUUUGGAGCAAUAAACAAAUUAAUAAAAUAGAAAUAGAUAAAAUAGAGAUGAGAGAAGAAUUAGAGAUAAAAAUAGCAGAAGUUACAAAAACAAUAACCGAACUUUGCGACAAUACUUUACCCAAAUUAAAACACAAGAAGCGUAUGGGAUUGCCCUGGUGGACCGACGAGUUAACACAGCGCAAAAAAGAAGUCUCCAGACUGAAGCGUCGAAUCUCAUACGCAGCACCAAUUCGUCGAGAGUGGGUCGUUGAACAAUAUCUCAAUGCAAAAGAAGGGUACCAGCAGGAAGUUAAAAGAGCUCAAACUUCCAGCUGGAAGGACUUCUGUAGCAAACAAGAUAGAGAGUCAAUGUGGGACGGGAUCUAUAGGGUGAUAGGCCGUACAACACAGAGACAGGAGGAUACUCCCCUUGUCCUGAACGGGAAAACUAUGGGGAAUGAAGAAUCAGCCAAGACCCUGGCAGAAAUAUUUUAUCCGGAAGACGACACCCAGGAGGACGAUGCUGGACACAGGCUGAUAAGAGAGACAGCGAGAGUUGUAAAUGAAGUAUCACAUGAUGACUCAUGUGACCCACCUUUUACUAUGGAGGAGCUGAUGUGGUCUGUGUCUAGUUUCAACCCCAAAAAGGCACCAGGGAAUGACGGCCUUACGGCCGACAUUUGUGAAGCAGCUAUAGCCUCGGACCCGAAACUGUUUUUGGCGAUUGCCAAUAAAUGCCUGAGUCUGGCGUACUUUCCAAAAAAAUGGAAAGAGGCGGUAGUAGUGGUGCUGCGAAAGCCUGGAAAAGAGAGCUACACACAUCCCAAAUCUUAUAGACCCAUUGGGCUGCUACCUGUACUUGGGAAAAUCUAUGAAAAGAUGCUAAUUCAAAGAAUUAAAUGGCAUAUUGUGCCUAAAAUUAGCCCGACACAAUAUGGAUUUAUGCCACAGCGUAGCACCGAAGACUCCCUCUAUGACAUGGUGCAGCACAUAAAAGCUAAGCUGAAGAAUAAAAAGCUAAUUGUAUUAAUAUCUUUGGACAUAGAGGGAGCCUUCGACAACGCAUGGUGGCCGGCAAUAAGAUGUAGAUUAGCAGAGUCUGGGUGCCCGAUAAAUUUAAGGCGCCUCACAGACAAUUAUUUUGAGGACAGAGCAGUACGCGUUAGGUACGCAGGAGCAGAAUGGGUGAAAACGACUGCGAAGGGAUGUGUGCAAGGCUCCAUAGGGGGUCCCAUAUUUUGGAAUUUGUUACUCGACCCACUAUUGAAGGAACUAAGCGAAAAAGGGGAACACUGCCAGGCUUUCGCAGACGAUGUGGUCCUGAUCUUCUCCGGGGAUAGGGCAUUGGAAGUCCAAGACCGGGCCAAUGCGGCCCUCGCAUAUGUUCAGAAGUGGGGAGUCAGAAACAAGCUUAGAUUUGCACCACAUAAAACUAAAGCCAUGGUGAUUACAAACAAGAUAAAGUAUGACUCACCACUUCUGAAAAUGGGUGGGAAGAACAUUGCAUUGUCAAGAGAAAUAAAAAUACUUGGACUCACAAUAGAUGACAAAUUGACCUUCAACACACAUAUUAAAAAUGUGUGCUGUAAGGUACAAAGACUCUACAGCCAACUAAUAAGAGCCGCUAAGAUCAAUUGGGGCCUGAACCCGGGGAUCAUUAGGACCAUUUACGUUGCAGUAACGGAGCCGAUAAUCAUGUAUGCGGCAAGCGUGUGGGCACCGUCAACAUAUAAAUUAAAAGUUAAAAAGCAGCUCGACAUGGCACAACGCGGGUUUGUUCAAAAAAUAAUUAAGUCAUACAAAACCGUAUCUCUACACUCGGCCUUACUACUCGCUGGGUUGCUUCCUUUGGACCUAAGGGUUCAAGAAGCGGCCUCACUUUAUGAAAUAAAGAAAGGUUUCUCCCAGCGGGUGGUGGGGGACCGAGAUGUGGAACGGAAAUUAGAGUACUCCAAGACACCUCACCCCGCAAAUCAAACUGGGCUGCAGUUCAAGUGCCUGGGGGACAGUGCGGAAGUUGACCAACAUGACAAUAAAUGUAUAAAAAUAUAUACAGAUGGUAGUAAGAUCGAGGGGAAAGUCGGCGCUGCGUUAUCUGUAUGGAGACACGCAGUGGAGAUAAGUACCCGAAAACUAAAGUUGGAAGAUUUCUGCACUGUCUACCAGGCGGAGCUGCUGGCCAUCUUCGAGGCAACAAAUUACGCGCUUAGAGACUCGGCAAUGUACUGCAACAUAUACAGCGAUUCGAGGUCUGCACUGCAGACAGUUGUCCAGAACGUUACCUUCCACCCCUUAGCCGCAAAUAUUAGAAAAAACAUUUCAAAAAUUCAAAAACAAGGAAAAUUAAUUAAACUGCUCUGGGUUAAAGCACACGCGGGGUUGGAGGGGAAUGAGAGGGCAGACGAACUAGCAAAGGAAGCCGCCUUAAAACUAAAAAGAAAACCUAACUACGAUAAGUGUCCGAUUUCAUUCGUCAAACGACAGAUUCGUCUUGACUCACUUGACGAAUGGAAUCGACGCUACAUAGAAGGCGAAACGGCCUCUGUAACUAAAAUAUACUUCCCCAAUGCAAUAAGUGCCUACCCUAUAAUAAGGAAACUAAAUAUGGACCCGUUAAUGGUGCAAAUGAUGACCGGACAUGGCGGGUUCUCGGAAUACUUGCAUCGGUUCAAAUGCAAGGAGAGCCCAUCAUGUGCCUGUGAUCCAAUGAUGGAAGAAAGCGUAUUGCACAUCAUAACAGAAUGUCCCAUCUAUAGCAAAGAAAGAAAUAAUGUAGAAAUAGAAUUAGAAACUAAAAUAGGAAAAGAUAGUAUAUGUAAAAUAAUAGGAAGUAAAUGUACUAGAAUAAGGUUCUUAAACUACUGUAAGCUUAUAGCAAAUAAGGUAGUAAAUAAAAACAAAUAA